AUGACACACAGGAGCUUGGCAGAGUCAAAGUCCUUUGCUGUGAAUAUUUUCAAAGGGCAAAUCAGCACUUCUCAGGUCUUCCCCUUUCCGUCAGUGCUCAAUGAAGAGCAGUCACAGUUUCUCAAGGAGUUGGUUGGGCCAUGCAGUAAGUUUUUUGAGGAAGUGAACGACCCCAUGAAGAAUGAUGCUCUGGAGAAAGUGGAGGAGCGCACAAUGGAAGGCCUAAAGGAGAUGGGAGCUUUUGGUCUUCAGGUGCCUGCAGAUCUUGGUGGCGUUGGCCUCACCAACACACAGUACGCCAGGCUGGUGGAGAUUGUCGGGAUGCAUGAUCUGGGUGUGGGCAUCACUCUUGGUGCCCAUCAGUCCAUUGGCUUCAAAGGCAUCCUGCUUUUUGGUAACCCCCAGCAGAAAGAGAAGUACCUUCCGAAGCUGGCCACUGGAGAGCACGUUGCUGCCUUCUGUCUUACUGAACCAGCAAGUGGUUCUGAUGCAGCCUCCAUUAAAACCAGUGCAGUUCGUUCCCCCUGCGGCCAGUACUACACCAUGAAUGGAAGCAAGAUCUGGAUCAGUAAUGGAGGGAUUGCUGAGAUCUUCACUGUGUUUGCAAAGACUCCCAUGAAGGAUGAAAAGACCGGAGAGAUGAAGGACAAAAUUACAGCAUUUAUUGUGGAGAGGAGCUUCGGAGGAGUCACACAUGGUCCUCCUGAGAAAAAGAUGGGCAUUAAAGCAUCCAACACAGCAGAAGUGUAUUUUGAGAACGUGCGUGUCCCUGCGGAGUGUGUACUGGGAGAGGUUGGAGGUGGAUUCAAAGUGGCCAUGAACAUCCUCAACAAUGGCCGCUUCGGCAUGGCCGCUGCCCUCUCUGGCACCAUGAAGGGUGUCAUCGCCAAAGCGGUUGACCAUGCUGCUAACCGGACUCAGUUUGGCAACAAGAUUCACAACUAUGGUGCCAUUCAGGAAAAGAUGGCCAGAAUGGCAAUGCUUCAGUAUGUGACAGAGUCCAUGGCUUACAUGGUUAGUGGGAACAUGGACAGCGGAGCCACAGAGUUCCAGAUUGAAGCAGCCAUUAGUAAAAUCUUUGCUUCUGAAGCAGCUUGGUUGGUGACAGAUGAAUGCAUUCAAGUUAUGGGUGGAAUGGGAUUCAUGAAGGAUGCUGGUGUGGAAAGGGUAUUGAGGGACCUGCGAAUCUUCAGAAUCUUUGAGGGUACCAAUGACAUCCUGCGACUGUUCGUAGCGCUCAACGGCUUCCAGAAUGCAGGCAAUCAGCUGAAGAGCUUGCAGAAAGCUCUAAAGAACCCUCUUGGUAAUGCUGGGGUGUUGGUGAGUGAAAUCACCAAGCGAGCCAAGAGGAAGGCAGGCUUGGGGACAGGACUAACAUUGCAAGGAACGGUCCAUCCAGAGCUUAACCACAGUGGAGAAUUGACUGUUAAAGCCAUUGAGCAAUUUGGAGCUGUUAUUGAAGAGCUUCUUCUGAAACAUGGAAAGAGAAUCAUUGAUGAACAAUUUGUUCUGAAGCGAGUUGCAGACUGUGCCAUUGAUCUGUACGCCAUGGUCGCGGUCUUGUCCAGAGCGUCCAGGUCUCUCAGCCAAGGCCACCCUUCUGCUCAGCAUGAGAAGAUGCUGUGUGAAACCUGGUGUACUGAGGCCCAUGAGAGAGUCAUCCAGGACAUCAGGUUCCUCGGGUCAGGGACGUCCAAGCAGAUCUUCAAGAACUUGCGUGCCAUUUCUGCUGCUGUGGUAGAAAAUGGAGGAGUGGUAUCUCCUCAUCCUCUGGGCUUUUAAAGCCCUGCUCUUCCUCCCAUCACCCAACCAUUUCUUUUCUAACCAGUCAGUCAAAGCUGCCCAUAUUUCUUUACCCAGACUGUUCAGUGCUGCAAUCCUUUAUGAGUGGAGUCUGUCACAUUGUGUACUUCGACCACAGGAGUGCUUUAAUAUUUAACAAAGUAUGUAAAUUAAUAAAUAGGACGUGUAAAUUGAGCUGUACAUUGAAGAAUUGGAUUUGUGUUUGUUUAUAAAUGUAGUUCUUUUGUAGAUUUAAUCAAGCCUAAA